CCGGCAUCAAAGUCGGCACUCCUUGUGUUUGUCCUUCCUGCCAUCUGCUUCUGCCAUGGCGGUGCUCUCCUCCCCUUCAUCCAGAUCCGUUUGUUGGUCGCAUUCGUCGUCCCCUUCGUCAUCCUCGCCGCCGUCGAUAUCGAGUUCAAUCGGCGUCUCGGAUGGCCGCCGUGGCUCCAAGCUUCGGAUCGUCUCGAAGGGGAGGAAUCGUAUAUCGCGAGAGGCUCUUGUUAGUGGGAAGACACAGGAGGCAUGGUCUGGGAGAGAUGGACAGGGGAAGGGGAAGAAGAAGGGCGGGAGUGGAGGUGGUGCUGCUGGGGCGAUGAUGUGCAGCGCGGAGGGGAUCGGGAGGCGGUUGGAGAGAGGGCAGGUUGGCAGGGCGGCGGUGGCGAUUCCGGAACGGGCGAAGGUGUUGCUGAUGUUGGCGGUGGUCAUGUGCCUCUGCAACGCGGAUCGGGUGGUGAUGUCGGUCGCGGUGGUCCCGCUUGCGUCCCGCUACGGGUGGAGCAGCUCCUUCUUAGGAAUCGUGCAGUCGUCAUUUCUGUGGGGAUAUCUCAUUUCAUCGGUUGCCGGAGGAGCUCUUGCGGACAGAUACGGGGGUAAACGAGUUUUGGCGUGCGGUGUGGCGGUCUGGUCCCUGGCCACCUUCCUCACUCCGUGGGCCGCCAACCAUUCCACCGCCAUGCUUUUGGCGGUCCGCGCUCUCUUCGGCCUGGCCGAAGGCGUCGCCUUUCCUUCCAUGAGCACGCUUUUAUUCCGAUGGUUCCCAUGCAGCGAGCGAGCCAGUGCAGUCGGCAUUUCCAUGGCUGGUUUCCAUAUGGGAAACGUGAUAAGCUUUCUUGCAUCGCCAAUUAUACUGUCGAGCAUUGGGAUCAAUGGGGCCUUUGCCUUCUUCGCCGCUCUCGGUUUCAUCUGGCUGUCGGCAUGGACGCUGGGAAUCACGAACGAUCCUCGCGACAGCCCUCGGAUUAGCCAGGCUGAGCUGCAGCUGAUUCGAGCUGGGAAGAUGGAUUUGAAGACGGAGAACAGCCAACUUCCACCCCUUCGCUACUUGCUCUCCAAGCUACCCGCCUGGUCUUGCAUUCUUGCCAACAUGGCCAACAAUUGGGGGUACUUCGUACUUCUAUCCUGGUUGCCCGUCUAUUUUAAGACUGUUUACAACGUGAACCUGAAGCAAGCGGCGUGGUUCAGUGCGGUACCAUGGGGAGUAAUGGCGUUGUCUGGUUACAUCGCAGGAGCUUCUUCGGACUUCAUGAUCAAAUCUGGAUGCAGGAUAACAAAAGUUAGAAAGCUCAUGCAGUCGAUCGGUUUUAUUGGACCAGCGGUGUCAUUGUUGUGCUUAAGGUAUGCACAAACACCAACAGCAGCCGCAGUUCUCAUGACCAUUGCUCUGAGCUUGAGCUCUUUCAGUCAAGCUGGCUACUUUCUUAACAUACAGGACAUUGCUCCAAAAUAUGCAGGAUUUCUACAUGGGAUUACAAACUCUGCUGGCACACUGGCAGCUAUUAUCAGCACCAUCGGAACAGGCUACUUCGUGCAGUGGUUGGGAUCAUUCCAAGCCUUCCUCACACUCACUGCAGCACUCUACUUCGGCACCACAGUUUUCUACAAUCUACAUGCAACUGCAGAACAGGUUUUCUUCUGAUUUUUUGUGAGUAUUUUUUUGUGUGUACGAUUAGAGAGGUUCGUGUAGGUGGAUUCAACAAAUGAAGUUGUAAUAUUCGUCCAUCAUCACUCUCAGUUGUUAACGAUGAAUGCUUGUCAGAACAACAGGGACGUGCCAUGUAUUAGAACAACGAGGGAAGAUUAGCAUGAGCAUUGUUAAUUAGGAUCAAUCUCAAUACUCUCGUUUGUAAGAUCUAAUAUUUGGUUCCUAUAUGUUUCUGGAUCAAAGAUAAAUUCAGUCCAGCCAUAUCAGUCUCAAUA